UGCCUGUAUCCCUGGGAAGCCACCUCCCCUCUCGGGGGCGGGUGCCACAGAGGCCGCGUGACCUUGCAGCUGACAUUCCUAAUGGCCACGUGGCCCCAACUGGCAGGGACAGCUGCAGACGGGGCCGGACCAGCUUUGUUCCCAGAGCGGCACCCGUUCUCCAUCAGGCCCAGCUCCACUCCUGCCUGGAGCUGCUUCCCUUCCCGGGGCUCAGAGGGCGGCUGGUACUGGGGGUCCCCCGCCAUGAGUGCCUAGAGGCAGGGAGCCGCCGAGGUCCGCCCGGGUGGGGCACGGGGCUCUGGGGAUGGGGCAGGACCAGACGAAGCAGCAGAUCGAGAAGGGGCUCCAGCUGUACCAGUCUAACCAGACAGAGAAGGCGCUGCAGGUGUGGACGAAGUUGCUGGAGAAGAGCUCGGACCUUGUGGGGCGCUUCCGCGUGCUGGGCUGCCUGGUCACGGCCCACUCGGAGAUGGGCCGCUACAAGGAGAUGCUGAAGGACUACGAGAAAGCUCUGUUCUUCCCCUGCAAGGCCGCAGAGCUCGUCAAUGACUAUGGCAAAGGCUGGAGCCUCAAGUACCGGGCCAUGAGCCAGUACCACAUGGCUGUGGCGUAUCGCCUGCUGGGCCACCUGGGCAGUGCCAUGGAGUGUUGUGAGGAGUCGAUGAAGAUCGCCCUGCAGCACGGGGACCGGCCACUGCAGGCCCUCUGCCUGCUCUGCUUUGCUGACAUCCACCGGAGCCGCGGGGACCUGGAGACAGCCUUCCCCAGGUACGACUCCGCCAUGAGCAUCAUGACUGAGAUCGGCAACCGCCUGGGGCAGGUGCAGGUGCUGCUGGGUGUGGCCAAAUGCUGGGUGGCCCGGAAGUCGCUGGACAAGGCCCUGGAUGCCAUCGAGAGAGCCCAGGACCUGGCCGAGGAGGUGGGCAACAAGCUGAGCCAGCUGAAGCUGCACUGCCUGAGCGAGAGCAUCUACCGCAGCAAGGGGCUGCAGCGGGAGCUGCGCGCCCACGUCGUGCGCUUCCACGAGUGCGUGGAGGAGACGGAGCUCUACUGCGGCCUGUGCGGGGAGUCCAUAGGCGAGAGGAACAGCCGGCUGCAGGCCCUGCCCUGCUCCCACAUCUUCCACCUCCGGUGCCUGCAGAACAAUGGGACCCGGAGCUGCCCCAACUGCCGCCGCUCUUCCAUGAAGCCUGGCUUUGUGUGACAUCGUCAGCACUCAUGUCACCUCACCUGCUCGGCUCCUCCACCCCUGACUGGCCAUGUUUUGGACGCCUGUUUACUCCCGGAGCAACCACCAGGCCUCCUCGGGCCUC